AUUUUAAAAAUUAAACAAAAACGCGACGGUACACACAGUAAACACUAUUGUCUGUUGGUUGGUUAUAAAAGUGCGUUUAGAAUCCGCGUCUGCCUAACGCAAGCUGUUUCGGAGACUCGAUCGCUCGUCUGGAACUCGAAUCAAUGGCUGAUCCUGAACUGGAAGCAAUCAGACAAAGAAGAAUGCAGGAGCUUAUGGCUCAACAUGGUGUAGGAGGGUCUGGAGGGCAACAACCAAACCCAGAGCAGCACAAGGCAAAUGAAGAUGCCAAGAGGGAGGCCGAAGAACGGAGGCAGAUGAUGCUUAGUCAGAUUGUGUCAGGCGAAGCUCGUGAAAGAAUUGCUAGAAUUGCUUUGGUGAAACCUGAGAAGGCAAGGGGUGUUGAAGAUGUUAUACUGAGAGCUGCUCAAAUGGGCCAGAUAGUUGAGAAGGUAUCUGAGGAGAGACUCAUUUCGUUGUUGGAGCAGAUCAACAACCAAACAAACAAGCAGACCAAAGUCACUAUUCAGAGGCGUCGGAGCGUCCUUGAGGAUGAUGAUUGAUUUUGUAUGUUGCAGUUGAGGGCAUUUUGUUCUUGGUUGGUUGUAUAUUAGAAAAAGUACUUUGAUUAUUGGUUUGUGUAAUGUUCAACUCUAUCCAUGCUUGUAGCCUGUGAUUUCGACGUUUUCCGGUAAUGUCUUGACGUGCAGAUAUAUCCGUUCAAUUUAUAUUUUUUGGAUGCA